AUGACCCUCGGUCAAGCAUUUGGAGGCUACGAGGCGGUUAUCCGGCGACACGCAGACCAGCUCGAGACAAUUCGCGAGCAAUUCUUGACAGUUCCAUUGGGAGGAACAGCCAUUGGGACCGGCUUUGGGUCCAAGUCAGGGUACAAAGCGGCCGUAUUCCGACAUCUGUCCUCACUGUUCGACGCAAGGGUACAACCCGCUGGUCAUGCAUUUGAUGGUAUGCAAAAUAUGGACAACUGUGCCCGUCUUUCCGGGGAAUUGCGGAAUACUGCGAACACUCUGUGGAAGAUUGCCAACGACCUUGUCGUGUUAUCUUCCGGUCCCACUGGUGGAAUUAACGAGAUCACUUUGCCUUCCGUCCAAGCCGGAUCCUCGAUCAUGCCUGGAAAGGUUAAUCCAGUCAUCCCCAUAGCGGUAUGUCAGGUCGCCUUUGCUAUCACCGGCAACGAUACCGCAAUUGCAAUGGGGUGCCAGCAAGGCCUGCUCGAAAUCAAUCACUUUGAGCUGCUUGUAUGCGAUCGCCUCCUUGACAGCAUUCGUCUACUCACCGGCGCUACUGGAAUCUUCACCCGCCGGUGCAUCGACAACAUCGUUGCCAAUGAAGAAGUCUCUCGGAAGCAUUUGCUCGCAUCCAGCGCGUUGGCUACAGCACUCGUGCCAACUCUUGGUUAUGCACGAGUUUCGACCAUCGUCCGUGCUGCCCUCACAGAAAAAUGGCCUUUUCUAAAUGUUGUAAUCGAGAAAGGGUUGCUCACAGAAGAUGAGAUCACGUCAGCCAUUGAGUGCUCAAUCCAGGACAACUAUGUUUAA